CGAGCGGCCGGCGGGGAGCGCCUCUCCCCAUGCGGUGACUCGCGCAGCGCAGGCGCCUGCUGCCCCGCCGGCGGGGCCUGGGCUUCCCGCGGCGGGAUGUUCUCCCGAAGGAGCCACGGGGAUGUGAAGAAGUCCGCCCAGAAGGCGCUGGACCCGAAGAAGGACGUCCUGACCCGCCUGAAGCACCUGCGGGCGCUGCUGGAUAAUGUGGAUGGAAGUGAUCUUAAGCAGUUUUUUGAGACCAACUAUUCUCAAAUAUAUUUCAUCUUCUAUGAAAAUUUUAUGACACUGGAAAAUAGUUUGAAAUUAAAAGGGAAUAAUAAGUCACAAAGGGAGGAGCUGGACUCUGUCCUCUUUCUUUUUGAAAAAAUACUGCAAUUUCUACCUGAACGGAUUUUCUUUCGAUGGCAUUACCAAAGUAUAGGCUCAACUUUAAAGAAGCUUCUACACACUGGAAAUUCUAUUAAGAUAAGAUGUGAAGGAAUCAGGUUGUUUCUUUUAUGGCUUCAAGCACUUCAGACAAACUGUGCGGAAGAGCAGGUGCUGAUUUUCGCUUGCCUGGUGCCUGGUUUCCCAGCAGUCAUGUCUUCCAGAGGGCUCUGUACACUGGAGACUCUCCUUAAUCCUAGCCCUAAUGCAGCUGAUGCAAAGAUAUAUCCAGAAGAAAUCACUCCACUCGUACCAGCCAUAUCGGGGGAAAAGAUCGCUGAGGACCAAACAUGCUUUUUUCUUCAAAUACUGUUGAAGUAUAUGGUUAUUCAGGCUGCAAGCUUGGAGUGGAAGAAUAAGGAGAAUCAAGAUACUGGUUUUAAAUUUCUUUUUACUUUGUUUCGAAAGUAUUAUCUUCCUCAUUUAUUUCCAUCAUUUACUAAGUUAACAAACAUCUACAAACCUGUACUUGACAUCCCUCAUUUAAGACCGAAGCCAGUGUACAUUACUACAACUCGGGACAAUGAAAGCGUUUACAGUACAAAAAUUCCAUACAUGGCUGCUCGCGUUGUUUUUAUUAAGUGGAUUGUAACGUUCUUUUUGGAAAAAAAAUAUCUGACUACAACACAAAACACUAAAAAUGGAGUUGAUGUAUUGCCCAAAGUCAUCCAGACUGUUGGUGGUGGUACGGUGCCAGAGAAAGUGCCGGAGCUGGAUGGUGCCAUGCCAGCAGAGCAGGACAAAAACCAUUCUAACAGUAGCACCUUGUCGGACCGAAGACUCAGUACCUCCAGCCUUUGCAGCAUUGAGGAAGAACACCGAACGGUGUAUGAAAUGGUGCAGCGGAUUCUCUUGUCAACGCGAGGUUAUGUCAAUUUUGUCAAUGAAGUAUUUCGCCAGGCGUUUUUGCUACCUUCCUGUGACAUAGCUGUAACAAGAAAAGUAGUUCAAGUGUACAGAAAGUGGAUCCUCCAGGAGAAACCUGUGUUCAUGGAGGAGCCAGAUAAAAAAGACGUUCCCCAGGAAGAUGCUGAAAAGCUAGGAUUUUCAGAGACGGAUAGCAAGGAGGCCUCAUCUGAAAGUUCCGGUCAUAAGCGAUCCUCCAGUUGGGGGCGAACGUACUCCUUCACGAGUGCGAUGAACAGAGGUUGUAUACUCGAAGAGGAAAGUAAGGACGUGAAAGCUGGUGUCCAGGUUAUGCUGCAGGUAUUUUUGACAAACGCUGCAAACGUCUUUUUGCUGGAACCAUGUGCUGAAGUUCCCGUGCUCUUGAAAGAACAAGUCGAUGCUUGCAAAGCUGUUAUGGUUAUUUUUAGGCGCAUGAUAAUGGAGCUUCCAAUGAAUCAGAAGACCUGGGAACAGAUGUUGCAAAUACUGCUCAGGAUAACAGAAGCUGUCAUGCAGAAGCCAAAGGAUAAACAAAUGAAGGACUUGUUUGCCCAGAGCUUGGCAGGGCUACUAUUUAGGACACUCAUUGUGGCUUGGAUCCGAGCAAGCCUGUGUGUGUCUAUUUCUCGAGAGCUCUGGGAUGACUUCCUUGGUGUGCUGUCUUCCCUCACGGAAUGGGAGGAACUCAUAAACGAGUGGGCCAACAUCAUGGACUCCUUAACGGCAGUGCUCGCAAGAACGGUUUAUGGAGUGGAGAUGACAAACCUACCUCUGGAUAAAUUAAGUGAACAAAAGGAAAAGAAGCAAAGAGGCAAAGGCUGUGCUCUAGAUUCUCAGAAGGGAACUGCUGUGGGGAGAUCCUUCUCUCUCAGCUGGCGGAACCACCCAGAUGCCACUGAGCCGAUGAGAUUUAGGAGUGCCACCACAUCCGGAGCACCGGGGGUUGAGAAAGCAAGAAACAGUGUUCGCCAAAAGGCAACUGAAGUGGAAGAGUGUCACCCGUCGGAAAGCGCACCUAGAACGGAAGCCGAUCACUUGGUGGUGGAGCAGCCGCAGCAGCAGAUCCCUCGGAGCAGCAGCACGUCAGAUAUCACUGAGCAGCUGUGCUCAGAUGCUCCUCAGGGUCAAAAGAUAGAGAAUGCACAGAAUUUGAGUUUUUCAGACUCUAAGCCUGUUCAAGACAAUAAAGGACAUGUGAAGAAAGAACAUGAAGGAAUAACAAUCUUAGUUCGAAGAAGCAGCAGCCAAACUGAAUUGGAUUUAAAAGAUGACAUACAGCAAACGCAAGAAAAAUGUAGAGAAAGACAGAAGAGUGAAAGUGUCAGCAGUGACACACCUCUGGCCUAUAACCAUGAGGCAGAGCUAUCCAUGAGUGCCUGGCAGAGCUGUGAAGAUGACCCCGAACUGAACACGCCCACAGAUGCUGUGGCUGACUCCGAUGCACGCCACUGGUUACAGCUGAGUCCCACCGAUGUUUCAAACUUAACAGAUAGCAGUGAAUGCCUCGCAGAUGACUGUAGCAUCAUUGCUGGGGGGAACCUCACUGGCUGGCACCCAGACUCUGCUGCUGUACUAUGGCGGAGGGUCUUGGGAAUCCUUGGGGAUGUGAAUAACAUCCAGUCACCGAAGAUCCAUGCCAAAGUUUUUGGCUAUCUCUAUGAACUCUGGUACAAACUAGCAAAGAUACGGGAUAAUCUAGCGAUUAGCCUAGAUAACCAGUCUUCUCCGUCUCCACCAGUCUUGAUCCCACCACUCAGAAUCUUUGCAUCAUGGCUAUUUAAGGCUACGACGUUGCCAAAUGAAUACAAGGAAGGCAAACUACAAGCCUACAGACUGAUCUGCGCCAUGAUGACCAGACGCCAGGACGUUCUGCCUAACUCAGAUUUCCUGGUGCAUUUCUACCUGGUGAUGCACCUUGGAUUGACCAGCAAGGAUCAGGAUAUCUUGAAUACCAUCGUAAGGCACUGUCCACCCCGCUUUUUUUCCCUGGGCUUGCCUGGCUUCUCCAUGCUGAUGGGGGACUUCAUCACGGCUGCAGCCAGGGUCCUCAGUACAGACAUGUCGGUGGCCCCUCGUUCUGAAGCCCUCACCAUUCUCGGUUCUCUUGUCUGCUUUCCAAACACCUACCAGGAGGUCCCACUGCUGCAGUCGGUACCGGAAGUUAACGAGGUCGUCACAGGAACCGAAGAUGUCAAGUGUUACCUCAUAAAUAUUUUACUGAAGAAUGCCACAGAGGAGCCAAAUGAAUGUGCAAGAUGCAUUGCCAUUUGCUCUCUCGGGGUAUGGAUCUGUGAAGAACUCGCACAACGUACGAGCCAUCCGCAGGUGAAAGAGGCCAUCAAUGUGAUAGGUGUAACUCUGAAGUUCCCUAACAAAAUUGUGGCUCAAGUAGCUUGUGAUGUUCUUCAGUUGCUGGUUUCCUACUGGGAAAAGCUUCAGAUGUUUGAAACCUCUCUGCCUCGGAAAAUUGCAGAGAUCCUUGUGGCCACAAUUGCUUUUCUUUUACCAAGUGCAGAAUACUCCUCAGUGGAAGCAGAUAAGAAGUUUAUUGUUUCUCUGCUCCUCUGCCUGUUGGACUGGUGCAUGGCGUUGCCGGUGGCAGCCCUUCUUCUCCCAGUGUCAACAGCCCUCCUGGAGGAACAGCACGCAGCCAGAGCCCCCUUGUUGGAUUACAUCUACAGGGUCCUGCACUGCUGUGUUUGUGGCUCAAGCACUUACACCCAACAGAGUCACUACAUACUGACCCUGGCUGACUUGUCGUCCACCGAUUACGACCCCUUUCUGCCACUGGCAAAUGUUAGGAAUUCUGAGCCAGUCCAGUGUCAUUCAUCAGCAGAACUGGGGAACUUGCUUACUGUUGAAGCAGAAAAGAAGAGAAGAAGUUUGGAACUGAUUCCUCUGACUGCUCGGAUGGUGAUGGCCCACCUGGUGAACCACCUCGGGCACUACCCCCUCAGUGGGGGCCCUGCCAUGCUGCACAGCCUCGUCAGCGAGAACCACGACAACGCCCAUGUGGACUCCUCCGAGCUGUCCUCCGAGGUGUUCAGGAGCCCAAACCUGCAGCUCUUUGUAUUUAAUGACAGUACCCUCAUAUCAUACCUUCAAAUACCCACAGAGAGACCAGCAGGUGGCCCACCGGUGGGUGCCCUCUCCGACGUGAGAGUGAUUAUGAGAGAUAUCUCAGGGAAGUACUCUUGGGAUGGUAAAAUUCUAUAUGGACCUUUAGAAGGCUGUUUCAGUCCCAAUGGAAGAAAUUCAUCAUUUCUGAUUUCAGGCUGGCAUCAUCAAACAUUGGGACCUCAGAAAGACUUUUCUCAAAUUGAAGAAGGAGAGGAUGUCCUUGACAAAUUACUUGAAAACAUUGGCCACACAAGUCCUGAGUGCCUUCGGCCAUUGCAGCUAAAUCUAAAUGAGCCUUCCCCACCCCCACGCGGAAUGAGCCAUGACCAAGAGAAGGAAAUCAUCCAGGUCAUUUUGCGCCAGGACACACAAGAAGACGAGUAUGUUCAGAGGUCUAACUCUGACUCUGCUGCGAAAGUCACUAGUCAGGGUCAGCCCAGGCCAGUGGAGCCACAAGGACCCUUCUAUUUCUGCAGGUUAUUACUGAAUGACUUGGGAAUGAAUUCUUGGGACCGAAGGAAGAACUUCCAUCUGUUGAAGAAAAAUUCAAAAUUAUUAAGAGAGCUAAAAAAUUUGGACUCCCGUCAGUGCCGUGAAACACACAAAAUUGCGGUGUUCUACAUUGCUGAAGGUCAAGAAGACAAGUGUUCCAUCCUCUCCAAUGAAAGGGGGAGCCAAGCAUAUGAAGACUUUGUUGCCGGACUUGGAUGGGAGGUGGAUCUGUCAACCCACUGUGGCUUCAUGGGCGGCCUGCAGCGCAAUGGCAGCACGGGGCAGACGGCCCCCUACUAUGCUACCUCAACCGUGGAAGUGAUUUUCCACGUUUCCACAAGGAUGCCAUCAGACUCAGAUGAUUCACUCACCAAAAAGCUCCGUCACUUGGGAAAUGAUGAGGUCCACAUCGUCUGGUCUGAACACUCCAGGGACUACCGCAGGGGUAUUAUCCCAACCGCCUUUGGAGACGUUUCAAUCAUCAUUUACCCGAUGAAGAAUCACAUGUUCUUCAUCGCCGUAACGAAGAAACCUGAGGUUCCAUUCUUUGGGCCUCUGUUUGAUGGAGCCAUCGUGAGUGGGAGGCUGCUGCCAAGCCUCAUCUGUGCCACAUGCAUAAAUGCCAGCAGGGCUGUGAAGGGCCUCAUCCCGCUCUACCAGAGCUUGUAUCUUUUUGCUUUAACCUUGGGACUUACUAGCCACCCCAGAACCCAGAUGACUGCCAGUUUUUCGUGAGAGACAGCGAGUGGCAGAUGCAGCCAACGGUCCGAGGCCUGGGGCCUGGAGACACCCCAGCAGCUGCCCAGCAGAGCUCCUCAGACUUCCUCCAUGAACUCAGCUUUCCAGAUGCAAACACUGCUGAAUGCAUCAAUAAAUCACGUGCUGUCUUUUACAUGAAGCCGUUAGAAUGCUUAUCGUCUUUAAAUUCAAGCUUCAUCCUGCUGGUAUGUGAUCUUUUAUUUUCAUCUUUAUAAUCUUUUGAACUCAGUGGCAGUUAUCUCACUUUUAGAAUGUUAAGGUCACUGUCACUCAGUCUGCACUCCACAAGUACCCAUAUCCUUUCUACAUUUCAGAAAGUACAGGUGUCACCUUUGGAGAUUACCUAGUUGAGCUUGGCUCAGAGGAAGGCUUCAAGGAGACAAGGUCACCCCUCAAGUAUCAGUCAGUCCUCUCAUCGUAUUUACGGGCAUCCAACCCUAGGAGAUAAAAGUGGAAAGGGAGUUUGCUACUGGAGAUGACUGUGCUUAAGAAGAAAAAAAAAAAAAAAUGACGAAAACCCAGUCAGCAGAUUCUAAUAAUCUUAUUCACGUUCCCAGACACCAGCUCUGAAAAUGACAGGUCCAGAGGCAGUUGUUCCAUUGGUUUCCUCAUUCAUUCAUCAACAAAACCCCCACUCACCACUCCUGGUGCACCUGGAGCUGUGCUUGCCAAGCGUGCACAAGGGGAAGGCCCGGGACCAUCCUCGGAGCUCUUUGUUAAGUGAAGACAGUAAGCAAAAGAGUAGCCUGGGUAGUCGAGUAACAGCCAGGGUGGAGUUCAGCCCAGAGCCUCAGAGAAACUGUCCAGAGGAGGGGCCUUUGGUCUGGCAUUUGGAGGGUGAGUCGGAGUUACAGGGACUUGAUCAAAGAAAGGGGCAUUUCAGAGAAAGUAAACUCCUUUCAGCCACAAAGAGCCUUGGGUAAACCUGGAACCAUCAGGGAACUGAGGGCCCUAGGUGCUGCUGGGAGUACAAACCCACCCAUCACUAGUAAUCACACCAGGGGUCCAUGGGCCCAGUGUACGUCUCUGUCUGCCCAUCACCCUCCCCUACCCUCUGAAGUAGACCCCUCAGAAGGGGGUCUGAGGACAAGACCAGGAGGUUGAGCAGCUUUCCCAUGGCUAUGGGUCCAGGAAGAGUGGUGGGCCUCUACUCUGAGGUCACCUAGAGAGAGAUGAGUUUAUUUAGCUUUGCCACCACUGGCUGUGUCCUGGUUAUUCUGAACUUCACAUAUAAAUCCAGUAUGACCCUCACAGCAAUGCUGAGGAAGGUGCCCUUAUCCUCCUCUUUUCAGGUAUUAUGCAAAUUCAGCACAGUGUCUUACAGAAUACAAUCUAUUAUGCCAUAUAUUUAUGAUAUUUGAAAAGUGUAGUUGAGGGAAUGGAGGCCCAGAGAAGUAAAGUAACCUGCCCAAGGCUGCACCUGUGCCCCAGGAGUGACCCACGCUGUCCCCCACUGCCCCAGUGCCCAUUAAAUACCUCCCUGCAGUAUCUAAAGAUGCCUGGAGCCAUUUCACAUAUAUUUCACUGCAGCUUUUUAAAGUUUAAAGAGCAUCAUCAGCAUUUUGGAUCUGUUGAGUGGAUUUGUAAAUUGUGACUGACAGCCUCAAAUGCCAGCACCGUGUUUUAAUGAGACUGAAGGCACGGGCGAGCAGAGCCUACUCCUGAGGCCGUUGUGGGAAUGCAGGCGGACGUUGCAGACCCUGCGCCUGCCCCUCUGAAGGCCAGCAUUGUCGCCAGGUUCAUUAGCAUCCGUGCUCCUCUCUUGGCCGUUGCUGCUCGCUGGCUUACCAGCUGUUCCUGCUGCUCUGUACAAUGUCGGAUGUGUUCAGCUCACUGGGUUCCUGUCCUUGCCGCCGGGAGGAGACAGCCCUUCCGCUGGGGAUACCCACGUGGCUGCCUGUCAGCAGUGGCACCGAAUAAAGUAAUAGGCCUUCGCAUGGCAUAUGGUGUCUGGAUCUGUACAAGAUGCAAAACUCUUCUGCCGCUAAUGCGGGAUGACUCAUAGCAUUGCUAAUGUUUCCAACAAAAGCUGACGUCCCCACCCACGCUUUUAACCCCGCCGGCUAAAACGUCUUCAGUUGCAAAGCCCUGAAAAGGUGGCUUCUGGAUCUCUACGUAAAAUGUGUUACACUUAUUGAAAGCACGUAAAAUUUCUUGCUUUGCUUUGGAUUGAGGUUAUUUUGAAUUUCUGGACCCUCCCCUCAGGGAAGAGAAAUUAUUAAACUUUUAACUUUGAUUUCCUUUCUCACAGUUUGGUGGGUUGAUUUUUAUAAAGCUGUCAUAAAAUCUGUCAGAAAGCACUAUAUUAGCAGAACACAUACACUGUUUAUAAGAAGUUAGCGUUCCCUUUUUUAGAAGUUCGAUAGAAGUGAGUGUAUUCUAGCAACUUAAUUGUGGAGCUUUUCAAGCUCCUCAUAUUAGAAUAUUUUAAAGUUACAAGAGAAUCUGAUUCCCUUGUGGAAUAUGAUAUUACAUAGUCUCUCCUAGCAUAAUGAAUACAUAACUCUUGUAAAUAAUUAAAUUCUACCACAAUAAAUUUGAUUUAUAAGUUUAUAGUAGAAUGGACAUUUUGUUUUUAGUCAGUUAUACAGGAUCAGUUGUACUGAUACGUAUCUAAACUUAAUAUGAGAUUUUUAUAUACUAAAAUAAGGCAGUUAUUUCCAUUUAUAUAAUCAGUGAUCAAAAUAUCAUUCCUUUAUAAAUAACCCUUUAUUGAAUAUUUUCUUUAAACAUAUGAGAGGCAGGAAUUACCACCGUAAAAUAAUUAGCCCUUUUUCUAAAUAGAGAUGUAAUCACCAAGUCUUUGUAGUCAGUCUUUCACAUAAAAGCUUUUGCAAUCAGAAUUUGGUGAAUGAAUGGAUUUAUAAAGGAACUUCAACCUAGCAGGGAAAUACCAAUUUUGUUUACAAAUAUAUUGCUUUUCUGCAACUUCAGUAGGUUUUGGCGGAGGAAGAUGGAGACUCAUAUUCUCAAUAUUGAUAUUUCAUUUUGCUUCCAUUUUUAAGGUCAAAGUACUCACUCUCUUACCUACCGAUAUGAAAUCAGAUGUGCAUCUUAUUUCCUUAAAAGGGCAUUUUAAUCUCAGAAAACAAAACACAAGUAUGUAAAACUCCUGAACGUGCCUCACUUCCUAGACCCCAGUUACUAGUACUGUUCUCCCGGCGUGUUGUGUGGUAUUCUUACCUUCACCAUCAGGCUCACUGUUGUGUAGUGCUCUCAUCUUCGCGGUCAGGCUCACUGUUGUGUAGGGUUCUCACCUUCGCUGUCAGGGUCACUGUUGUGUCAUAUUCUCACCUUCACCAUCAGACUUCACUGUUGUGUAGUGUUCUCACCUUUGCCAUCAGACUUCACUGUUGUGUAGUGUUCUCACCUUUGCCAUCAGACUUUACUCUUGUGUAGUGUUCUCACCUUUGCCAUCAGACUUCACUGUUGUGUAGUGUUCUCACCUUUGCCAUCAGACUUUACUCUUGUGUAGUGUUCUCACCUUCAUCAUCAGACUUCACUGUUGUAUAGUGUCCUCACCUUCACCGUCAGGCUCAAUGUUAUGUAGGGUUCUCGCCUUCGCCAUCAGACUCGCUGUUGUGUAGUAUUCUUACCUUCACCAUCAGGCUCACUGUUGUGUAGUGUUCUUGCCUUCACCAUCAGACUCACUGUUGUGUAGGGUUCUCGCUUUCGCCAUCAGGCUCACUGUUGCGUAGGGCUCUCGCCUUCGCCAUCAGACUUCACUGUUACAUAGGGUUCUCACCUUCAGCCAACAGGCUCACUGUAGCGUAGGGUUCUCGCCUGCGCCAUCAGGCUCACUGUUGCCUAGGGUUCUCGCCUGCGCCGUCAGGCUCACUGUUGUGUAGGGUUCUCGCCUUCGCCUCAGGCUCACUGUUGCGUAGGGUUGUCGCCUUCAGCCGUCAGGCUCACUGUAGCGGAGGGUUCUCACCUUCAGCCGUCAGGCUCACUGUAGCGUAGGGUUCUCGCCUGCGCCGUCGGGCUCACUGUUGCGUAGGGUUCUCGCCUUCGCCGUCGGGCUCACUGUUGCGUGGGGUUCUCGCCUUCGCCGUCGGGCUCACUGUUGCGUGGGGUUCUCGCCUUCGCCGUCGGGCUCACUGUUGUGCGGGGUUCUCGCCUUCGCCGUCGGGCUCACUGUAGCGUAGGGUUCUCGCCUGCGCCGUCGGGCUCACUGUAGCAUAGGGUUCUCGCCUUCAGCCGUCGGGCUCACUGUAGCGUAGGGUUCUCGCCUGCGCCGUCGGGCUCACUGUUGCGUGGGGUUCUCGCCUUCGCCGUCGGGCUCACUGUUGCGUGGGGUUCUCGCCUUCGCCGUCGGGCUCACUGUAGCGUGGGGUUCUCGCCUGCGCCGUCGGGCUCACUGUUGCGUGGGGUUCUCGCCUUCGCCAUCGGGCUCACUGUUGCGCGGGGUUCUCGCCUUCGCCGUCGGGCUCACUGUUGCGCGGGGUUCUCGCCUUCGCCGUCGGGCUCACUGUUGCGCGGGGUUCUCGCCUUCGCCGUCGGGCUCACUGUUGUGCGGGGUUCUCGCCUUCGCCGUCGGGCUCACUGUUGUGCGGGGUUCUCGCCUUCGCCGUCGGGCUCACUGUUGUGCGGGGUUCUCGCCUUCGCCGUCGGGCUCACUGUUGUGCGGGGUUCUCGCCUUCGCCGUCGGGCUCACUGUUGUGCGGGGUUCUCGCCUUCGCCGUCGGGCUCACUGUAGCGUAGGGUUCUCGCCUGCGCCGUCGGGCUCACUGUAGCAUAGGGUUCUCGCCUUCAGCCGUCGGGCUCACUGUAGCGUAGGGUUCUCGCCUGCGCCGUCGGGCUCACUGUUGCGUGGGGUUCUCGCCUUCGCCGUCGGGCUCACUGUUGCGUGGGGUUCUCGCCUUCGCCGUCGGGCUCACUGUAGCGUGGGGUUCUCGCCUGCGCCGUCGGGCUCACUGUUGCGCGGGGUUCUCGCCUUCGCCGUCGGGCUCACUGUUGCGCGGGGUUCUCGCCUUCGCCGUCGGGCUCACUGUUGCGCGGGGUUCUCGCCUUCGCCGUCGGGCUCACUGUUGUGUGGGGUUCUCGCCUUCGCCGUCGGGCUUACUGUUGUGUGGGGUUCUCGCCUUUGCCGUCGGGCUCACUGUUGUGUGGGGUUCUCGCCUUCACCAUCAGACUUGCAUCCAGCAAGCCUAAGAGCUCAGUGGCCACUAAAACUCUGCACUGUCAGGUUGCACAUGAUUUGUGGUUUUGCUUCCACACUUUGAGUUUGAGGGCUGUUUGUUACUAGUAUCAGCACUUCCAUUUUGUCCAAUUUCCACUCAUUUUUAUGAAAUGAGGGCAGAAUGCAAUGGAAUAUUCAAAUAAUUGCAUCAGGACAAACCUGACAACCAAAGGCGGCUUGGAAUGUCUGCGGAUAAAUGCAAAAGCGCGAGCUGAUCAAAGGCACACAGAAGAUAAGGAUCGUUGGUCCAUUAUUCCCGGUCUUGGCAACAACCCUGCAGAAUAGGGCCAUGUUCUUCCAGCUUCACAGAUGGAGAGAGUGAAGCUCAAGGAAGCAGGAGUGUUGGCCCAGGUCCCACAGCUAGGGCAGGGCUGGCAUGGGAGCCCAGGCCAACCUGACUUCUAGGCCCCUGCUGUUUUUCACUUGCCCAAACUUCUGACCUAAAAACGGAGGCCAUUAAAAUUAUACAGCUUUGAGAAAGCAAAGCAGUUCCACUUAAUUAUAGCCUAUUCUGUCAUUAUUGUUACUGAGAGGAUCUUAACCUUUAAAUCUUGAUUUUAUGAAAUAAAGAAGAAUACAAAACUGAUGUAUAUUAGAACGGAGAGUAUUCCCAUUUUAAUACCGUAUGUACAUCCUUUAUACCUAAGUACAUCCAAACCAAAAACCAAACCCACUGCCGUCGAGUCGAUUCCGACUCAUAGGAACCCUGGUGGCAUAGCGGUUAAGCACUACAGCUGAUAACCAAAAGGUCGGCAGUUCGAAUCCGCCAGGCGCUCCUUGGAAACUCUAUGGGGCAGUUCUACUGUGUCCUAUAGGGUCGCUAUGAGUUGCUGUGACCUAAGUACAUAAAAAAUAUAGCUUCUAAAUUAAAAAGCAGUGAAAACAUUAAGCUUAAAUAUUUCUAAUGACAUAUCUCACUUAACAAGCAAGUCUAACCCAAAAUAAACACCCAACUGGUGUUACUCAUUUUGCUUUUGCCUUGAUAGAAUAGAACACAGGUCCAUCAUGGUUCAUGGUAACACUUCCAGUUUUGUUUUUACUUUUGGUUUCUUUUUGCAAGUAGUAGUAAUCACGAGUAUUUGUGUAUGUUGAAUCUGUUUAUAUUCUACCUCUUUCAAAGGAGAUUUGGAAGAGCUUCCAGCACAGCCCACGUGUAAUGAGAAAGGGCACAUUAGAGCCAGAGAAGUAACACUGAAAAUAAUCGUAUCUUAGGGCAUAACGUGAGCUUCACAGUGGUGGCCUUGGCGAAGAGUGCAGGGGAACCCCAUUAACUAGUGAGAGCACCUGGAGGUGUGUUACCAUGUACAGCUGCACCGUGCUCUCUGGGUCCUCUUGUUCCCCACUUUUCAGUUACUAAUAAUGAGAUUAUGUUAUGUCUGAAUUGGAGAACAUACUAGGUCAUUUUAAAGACAGAUAUUCGUAAUAUCAAAAUUUUGUUCCAGACAACAGCAAAUUUUUAAUAUCUAAAUAAAUUUCUAUUCUACUUCUGAGUCCAAAAGAUACCUUUUGAGUUGAUAUAGAAGUUCAUGUGUACCAAAGGCUAAUUAGGACCCCCCCAAAAAAACAGGAUUUGUUACAGCUGAAAGAGUAGAGAAUUAAUUAGUGAUACAGGGAAAGAGAGAAGUGUGAUGUCCGCAUUUUCUCAGUAGCAGCUUUUUCUAAUCCUUUUAGUAUAAAAAGCCCACGUACCUGACAUUUUGCAUCUUUGUUUUUCUGUGAAGAUAAAAGGAAACUUGAGCGUCUCGUUCUCCAUAAUGCAGUUAAUACGUGACAAAAAGGUUUCCGUCCCAUUCAUUUCCACAGCCAGGCAUUUUCAUGUUAUUGCCCCGCUAACUGUCAUUUCAUACUUAACCGAUUGUGGACUGGUGCAGCUUUUCUCAGGCCCAGGAAUGGUCUGUGAUUAAAUGACCUCAGAAACGUUUUGCAUGUUAUAUUCAGUGAAACCUGUGAAAGACAAUCUGUGUAAGGUAGAAACCUGUCAGAGAAGGAAAACUCAAAUAUUUUCCACUAAAAAAAACAAUAGAAAAGUGGUAAGACUUCACCCUGUCAAAGGCAGGAAACUUCGGAGCUCCAGGGAAACACGGCAGUCCCUCGAGUUCCAGCCAUCACAGGUUUCACGGUACUUCCUCUCACACUGGCCUUCUUGUUACCACGUUUCGGGACUUGUUGCCCCCAUAAUCCCGGCUUUCUUGCAGGUUUAUUUACUCGUGAUCACUAGUAAUCAUUCAUUUUAUGAAGCCUCAUUAGGGACUGCAGCCUCUGUCCCAACUUAGCGUCAUUCAAGCGUAGGUAGCAUCCAUCUGCUCAAUCCACAUUAUUUAAUUAAUGAACUUCGUAAUGUGUUCUUUGCCUGUGAAAAGCACUCCGGCUUCUCAGGUUGUUGAAUGGGACUUGCAUUCCAGGUUUUCCAUGUUGACAUUCUAGAAGGCCCACCUUGGUAGUUGCUAAUUAUGGAUUCGCCAAACUUUAAGUCUUAACUUGAAGGCAAAUUUGCUUUUUCUUUCAUUAUAUGCAUUCAUCCAUUUGAUAUGUUCAAAACUCAAAGUCAGAUCACUCUUAGAGUAACUAAAUUAUUCAUCAAUUUUCAUGAUCUCUUUCUCCUCUCUUAGGUGAGUUAAGAUUCACCUAGAUAGAGCUAUAUUUCCUUGCAGGACAGUAAAACAUAUAUGUGUUAUUUUGCUAUUUUUCCUUCUGAAAUUAAAGUUAUGGAAAUGCUUAAAUGUCAGAAGAGUUUCUACUGUUUUUCAGUAUCUCAGUUUUAUGGAAUUCCAUAAGAACCUUUGUAGCAUAGAUUUUAUUUAAAGUAAUGGAAUAAUAACUGAAUUCCUGUUUCUCCUGAGAAAAUGGUGAGACUCAAGUAAAAUAUUUUUGAAAUUUCAAUAUCUGUAUAAUUUUUAAUGUAUUGUAAAUUGCUGUUUGGAUUUGCAGAUGUUUUAGCAUCUAUUCAAAGACCUCAUAAAUUUGAUGAUAUAUGACAAAUGAUGUAAAACUAGGUAUAUUCCUUUAUUUGAAACAUCUUUCACAGACUAUGGCAAUGUAUUUAAUUCCAGUUUUUUAAAAAACUACACCUACAUGGUUAUGUGCCUUUUCUUAAAGACUGUUUACUAUCUAGAUUAAACUUCACUCUACCCUGUCAAGUGCUCUGAAAUCUUAGAAUUUCUUUUCAUCCUAAAAUAUGAUAGAGUCUCAUAUUCAUAUUGCAUUUAGCUUUCGUCAUAUUAAUUCUUAUUCCCAUAACGGUAAAAAAAAAAAGUCUGGAUAUUCAUUUUUUCAAAAAGUAUGGU